ACGUGACGGCGGGGCGGCGGCAGCGGGCGGUGGCGGCGGCGGCCGUGGUGGCGGGGCCGUGCCCCGGGAUGGAGGUCGGGCCCCGCGACGGGCGCGCGGACAGCAGGAAGGAACAUUGGAAGCUGCUGGGCAACCUGAAGACCACAGUGGAAGGUUUGGUGUCCACUAGCAAUCCGAAUGUGUGGUCCAAGUAUGGUGGCUUGGAACGGCUCUGCAGAGACAUGCACAGCAUCCUCUACCAUGGGCUGAUCCACGAUAAGGUGUGCUGCAGGCAGAAGGAUUACUGGCAGUUUGUGAAGGACAUUUGUUGGCUGAGUCCUGGCUCUGCACAUCACCUGGAGAAGUUCAUCAGCCUUCAGGAGAGCAGACAGCUUGACUCGGAGGGCCCAGGGGACCAGGCCAUUGCACAGCUGUGGCUGCAGCACAGCCUGCAGUGCCACUGCCUAUCAGUGCAGCUGAGACCGCUCCUGGGGAACCGGCAAUACAUCAGGAAAUUUUACUCAGACACUGCCUUCCUGCUCAGUGACGCGCACGUUACAGCCAUGCUGCAGUGCCUGGAGGCUGUCGAGCAGAACAACCCCAGGCUUCUGGCUCAGAUUGACGCCUCCAUGCUGGCUGGCACGUCACUGCCUUCCCUGUGCGCUUCGGAUCUUCCUGCUGGGACAAGAGAGAUGUGUGACAACACUGAAGGAUAUGAGAGCCAUCUGCCUGGGGCACUGGGCUGCCAGGAUCGCUUCCCUGAGAGCCUGCUUACCAGGAAGAAUGAUGGUGCACCUCCAGUGACCAAGAGCCAGAGCCUGACUGCCCUUCCUGCAUCCCCAUAUGUCUCUGCUGCAGGCUGUAUGCAGCAGCACUGCUUUGGGUCCUUCUCUAGCCUACACCAUCAGGCCUCCUCUGGCCUCUCAGACAGGAGACCAGCGAGCUCCUCUGUCAGCUCCAGUGCCAGCCAGCCUCAGGACCACUGCCCAUCCAGCCGUUCCUCCUCCUUCAGUGAGGGCAGGUCCCCUCUGGAACAGCCUGGGUCUGUCAACCACUUUCACAUCCCUUCGCCCAAAGACCCCUUCUCUCCAGCCAGUGAGAUGAGCUCCAGCACCACCAGCCAGAGCGAGGACACUUGGACAGGGAGUCAGGAUGAUCCCCAGAGCGAUGUUAACGAUGGCCCAGAGUACCUGGCCAUUGGGAACUUAGGGCGCCGGGGCCGGGCACGUAGCAGUGCCAGUACCAACAGCACCAAGAGCAGUAGCUCCAAGCUCUUCUCCUCCAGCAGCUCCCAGAAGCUGGACUCUGUCUCCUCCUUAGGGGAGCAGGGAGCAAGUGGAGGUGAAAGCAGAGGCCUGAGCUUGUUGCGCCGGUCCAGCUUCUCAGAGGGACAGUCAUCAGCUCCGCAGAGCAUCCUCAAGAAGAGCCACGUGCGCUCACACUCGGACACCAACGUGGCUUCGGGGAGGCUGCACGGAGGCCUCAGGGAUAUCACCAUUAUAAUAGAAGAUCCAGUGGCAGAGUCCCAUGGAGAUCCAGGUGGAGGGAGAGGACCAGUCUCUGCUUCCACACAGAGUAGUGAACUGAGCACACCAAGCUCCCUCUACAUGGAGUAUGACUCUGGACAGUAUCUCAGCUCGGGGGAAGGGAUGUUCAGAAGACCCUCAGAAGGGCAGUCCCUCAUCAGCUACCUCUCAGAGCAGGACUUUGGCAGCUGUGCAGACCUGGAGAAGGAGAAUGCCCACUUUAGCAUCUCAGAGUCCCUGAUUGCUGCCAUUGAGCUGAUGAAAUGCAACAUGAUGAACCGGCAGCUGGAGGAGGAGGAGGAGGACAGCGACAAGGAGAUCCAGGAGCUCAAACAAAAGAUUCGCAUUCGACGCCAGCAGAUCCGUACCAGGCACCUGUUCCCCACCUGCCAGGAGAUGGGCUUAGACAGUCUUGUGGCAACGGACAGUGAGUCCCAGUUCAGCUCCCACGGCUCCAUGCGGCUCUCUGACUCUGGCUCUGUGGAGGAUGUGGAAGAAUAUGAGAUUCAAGAUGGUAACGAUGGAUCUAACCUGACUCAAAUGUCCAAGAACGGCCUCUCAGUGUCAAUGGCUUCCUUGUUCUCAGAUGCAGACAUCAAGAGGAACCCAGACUCCAGCAGGAAGUCCUUUCUCUCCUCGGAAUCCAUAUCCCACUCCUUCCUCAAUUCCAACUCGGCAGAGGCCGUGGCCAUGGGCUUGCUGAAGCAAUUUGAGGGCAUGCAGCUCCCAGCUGCCUCUGAAUUGGAGUGGCUGGUCCCUGAGCACGACGCUCCACAAAAGCUCCUGCCCAUCCCCGACUCUCUGCCCAUCUCUCCUGAUGAUGGAGAACAUGCUGACAUCUACAAGCUGAGGAUUCGGGUGCGUGGAAAUCUGGAGUGGGCCCCACCGCGACCACAGAUCAUCUUCAACAUUCAUCCAGCCCCAACGAGGAAGGUGGCUGUGGCCAAACAGAAUUACCGAUGCACAGGCUGUGGCAUCCGAACUGAUCCUGAUUACAUCAAGCGGCUGCGAUACUGCGAGUACCUGGGGAAGUACUUCUGCCAGUGCUGCCACGAGAACGCCCAGAUGGUCAUCCCCAGCCGCAUCCUGCGCAAGUGGGACUUCAGCAAGUACUGCGUGAGCAACUUCUCCAAAGACCUGCUGAGCAAGAUCUGGAGUGAUCCCCUCUUUAAUGUGCAGGAUAUUAAUCCUGCCCUCUACCGGAAAGUGAAGCCUCUCAACCAAGUGUGGCUGCUGCGAAUCCAGCUUUUCCACAUGAAGAACAUGUUUAAGACGUGCCGGCUGGCUAAAGACCUCCUCGAUGCCUUUGAUGCAGUGCCUGGCCACUUGACAGAGGAUUUGCACCUCUACUCCCUGAGCGAUCUCAGUGCCACAAAGAAGGGAGACCUGGUGCCCCGCCUGGCAGAGCUCCUGAGGGCAGGCAGCCUGCACGUUGAGAAGUGCAUGCUGUGCCAAGCCAAAGGCUUCAUCUGCGAGUUUUGCCAGAAUGAGAGUGACAUCAUCUUCCCCUUUGAGCUCAACAAAUGCAGGACAUGUGAAGAGUGCAAAGCCUGCUACCACAAAUCCUGCUUCAAAUCCAGCCACUGUCCCCGCUGUGAGCGGCUGCAGGCCCGGAGGGAGCUGCUGGCCAAGCAGAGCAUGGAGUCCUAUGUCUCAGACUACGAAGAUGAGCUGGAGCAGCCAGAGGUGGUGGCAGCCACAUGAGCGUGCUGCAGCAGAGGAGGAGGUUGUGGGUUAAUUUAUGUGUGGCCUUUGUCACCAGAGCCUGAGCCACGAAGCCUGGAGAUGAGGACUGUUAGGAGGCCUGGAGUGCUGUCUCGAAGGGAUCUGUUUUCCCCUGUGCAGUAGUGUUGGGCUGGGGAGGGGGCAGCUUCCAGCAUCCAGGUCUGCUCCAGGUACUGCUCAUGCUCCCCGGUGCCUUUGGGGAAAGGUGGCUGCUUCUGCCUCUCCUGCAGGUAAAACAGGAACCUUUUCCAAGCUGGACCAGGCAGGGCUUUGCUGGCUGUUCCCAUUUCCUGCUCCUCGGCAGGGUCCUUUGGGGUGUGGUUGGCACUUUGUGUUCAUCAGCUGGAUACUGGGAAGCUCUGGCCACAUCAGCUUCUUGGAGGUGGAGCUGGCUCUCGAGUCUUCCGAUACUCUGUCCUACUGCUGGGGGCUGCAUACAUGGAGGGAGGGUGGAGGCUGAGGUUGGUUGUACAUUCAGCAGCUUCCUUUCCCAGCUCUGGCAGUGUCCCAAGCCAGAGAGCAGUUGCUCUCACCCCAGCAUCAGAGCAAAGGAGGUGGCAGUGGUGAAAAUGCCAGAUUUCUGCCUCACCUUCCCAUGCUGUCUGUGCUGAGCUGCUUCACUUGCCCUCUGCCCUCAGCCCAGUGCUGGUGGGCUUCUGGCAGGAGAUCUCCAUGGCCAGAGGAUGCAGUAAGCAAGGCUUCCAACCCCUCUUCAUGCUGCUGGUCAUUCCUUUCAUGGGGGAAAUGUACUCCUCUAAGGAUGACAUGGGACCUCACUUGGGUGGCCUCAAGAUCUGCCUUGUGUGAGCUGCUUUCUACCUGAGACCUACAGGGAUGCAGAUGAAGGCUUAGCUCUCUGGCCACAUACCCCAGGCCUCUGUCUCAGUUUGUCCUUUUAGGUUGAGUUUCUGUUUUUUUAAUCUGCUGGAUUUGGUUUUAUUUUUUUUAAUGCUUUUUUUUUGUGGUUUGUGUUUUGUUUGUUGGUUUUUUUUAACUGUAUGUUCCCCUUGCCAAGGAGGUGCUGCUUGAAAUGCCUCUUUAGGGGACAUGUGAUCUGCUUGGGAGUCACCUGUAUGAAACCUCCAGGGCUGUCCUGCUCCUGGUUCCUCAUCCAUGGAUGGAACAGGCAUUUGCCAGGUGUCUCCCAUCCCAGCAGGUCUCCUGCUCCCCUUAGGUGAGGGGUCUCUGAGCCAGGCAAAGCCUCGAGGCUUCCUGGCUGUGAUGCAGUGGGUGGCCAGGCAGCUUGCUUACAAUAAGAGGUGCAUGUGAAGAGGGGUUUGGCACUGGGGUGCAUGUAAAGGGUUGGUCCCUUGCCAGUGCAGAGCUGCCUGCCACAACUGAUAGCUCCACAGGGUCAGGCCUGGCAGCACAACAUGAGCUUUGUGCUCUGGGGCUAGCAGUUAGUCAAGGAGGUGCCUCUGUGUCACUAGGGGAUGCUUUAGCCCGUGGCACAGGUGAGUGUCCAGCAACACUUUAGCAUGAGUGGGAUGUGGGGUGUUUGGAAGGACAAUGUGGCCUGUGUAUGUGUGAGAAGGGCGUUGAGGGACUGGGGAGCAGAAGGCAUUUAGGGGCAAUGGCUCUUGAAGCAUGCCCGGGCUUGAGGCUGAGAUAUGACCCCUUGUGGGCCAUCCUUGGGAGGCUGGCAGGGUGGGGGUGGGGGAGAGGCUGGGACCAGAAGAGGUGGCUGCAGGCCUCACUGAUGUGAGCCAGGAUGGUGCACAGCAGCAUCUCUUUCCUGCUCUGCAGCAUUCUGACAAUGCCAGAUCGGCCCAGGAAAUAGGAUUUAACUUCCCCUUCCCUUCCCUGGGGUUUUUGCUUCCUCCUGUCUCAUUUCUGCUAUUUUCCCCCAGGGAAUCAGCUGCUCUCCUGCUUGCUGUCUGCCUGAAGCACUGGGGCUGACACAUGCUGGUCCACCUUGGUCUUGCCUGUCCCCAGCCCCAAGCCAAGCCCACCUACUGCCCAGAGCUGGCACCCCCUUCCCUGGAGCUGUCUCCCCAGCACACCUCCAUCCACCCUGUUUUGUUUGAAGCACUUUAAUGUCAUGGGACAGCAUCUGAAAGGCUGCUCAUGUCCCUUUCUAGAAGCACUGAGUACAGAGACAAGGGAAGGGGUUUUGGCUCAUUUGUGGUUUCCGUCCUUUGCUGUGGGCUUUGUCUGGAAGCAGCAGGGCCUGCAAACCCAGCAGAGAUCUCCAGGGCAGAGUUCUGCCCAGCACUGACACUGCUGCCCAGCACUGACCACUACAAGGAACACUGGAACUAGCUAAAGCAGUGAGCUCUUUGCAAGGGAGAGAAAGGGGCUGCCCUGGCCACCAGCUGGAGCUCUCCCCACAGGACUAUUGCACAGCAUAGCAACAAAGAUGCCGUCCCUAAUAAACUGACUUAACGGGC